AUAAAAGAAGUUGCGCUGCGAAAAAUUACGAGAGAAAGACUUUUUUCGACUCGCCGAUACGUUGGAGUUGAUUAAUACAAAGCGGAGAAACACGCGAGUGAACAGCGACACAAGAAGAGAUAGAAAUAAAAAGCCGAACUCGGUAACAUCUGCGGUCCGACAAAAAAAGAGGGACUCAAAGGAUGUGGAAGUGGGUACGGGGUCAAAUUUGGAAAACACAUGGCUGUGGGAGCGAGCGGCAGUGAAGCGAGCACUGGGAGCCGGGGCAGACGCGGCUACGCCCGGUGCAGCACUUGAGCGAGACUGAUCGACGGCAGUAUUGCACUCGUGAGGAACAGGAGAACCGCGGUGAACACGUAGCUGCAUACCGCGUCGUUCGACGCGGGCAAGCGGCGACCACGGCAGCUAGUAUAGCUAGCUUGGCUUGCCGUCUCUCUCCCUCUCUCUCUCUCUCUCUCUUGCCUCGGCCAAAAGAGAGAGAGAGAGAGAGAGAGAGAGAGAGAGAGAGAGAGAGAGAGAGAACGAGAGUGCGCGAGGGCACGCGCAGCCCAGUGACAGGAGCACCGUUUUCGAUCAUGGCACGGAUGCUCUCGUGCCUCCGCGGGUUCCUGCUUGGAUUCGUCGUCAUCGUCGGCUUUUCAGGAGCGAUCGUCGUCGCAGGAUCUUCUAUUUUCUUGUACCAACUGCACGAAUACUCGCUACUUACCCCUUCAAAUGUGGAUGGACCGCCCGGAAUCAUGCUCGGUCUGGGAAUCCUCACGUGUGCCGUGGCUUGGUUCGUUUGGCACUUUGACUAUAGUGCCAAAGCACAGAUCAUAUCGUUAGCAACCUUAAUCGCAGCUAUUGCGAUAGUGGAAAUCAGCAUCGGCAUCUGGGCACUGGUGCGCCACCAACAAAUUUAUGCUUUACCCGAAAAUGUUGUACAAAAGGCUAUUGUUACUUUGAAUGAUCCGAGGAGCGACGAUUUAUGGCAUAAAAUGCACGUAAAAUUGAACUGCUGUGGCGUGAAUGGAGCUAGCGAAGAUUUCAGACAAAAACACAAACACGUUCCAUGGUCGUGUUGUUAUGAGCUCCAUGAGUCGGAAGACGAGAAGAAAAAAUGUGAAAGAGGCUGUCACCAUCCGAUGAUCCAUCGAACGCAGUCGAUUUUACUGUACGCCUUUCUUCUAGCUCUCAGCUCCUUCAUUUUAAAGGCUUGCACCGUAGCAUUGGCGUGGUGCUAUGCAAAGUCUAUUGCCGAAGCAAUAAAGAAAAGAAGAAAAGAAAUAGAGGCAAAUCAUUCAUCCACGAUGAUUUCGUCCGCAGCUCAAGCGAGCAGUAUCAAUAAACUGCAGCCUUCCAGACUAUGAUAUGUGAUUAUAACGUGUGACUUAAUAUCAUCGUGAUAUAUAUUGGCUUCCAUCAAUUAAGUUUUUCAAUGGGUCAACGAAACAUCCCGCGCGUCGUUUAAUAUCAAUCGUCUACUCCAAUUUAUUCCAAAUCAUUCCUACUGAUUUAAACGUUUAUUUAUAAGAAUUACAAAUCACCUUAGCUUAUUCCUGACUGAUGUAUAGUUAUGGCGUAUUGGGCCAUAUACAAAUGAAAUAUCUAAAGUACUUAAUUUACAUCUCUACUUAACAAAAACUGUUUGGAUACUACAUUGUCCACACACCAGGCAUAGUAAUUUUACACUAUGUUCCUUCGUAAAUUUUUUCAACUGCCUUUCAUGAACCUGUAUAUGACUGUAAUGUAUACUAAUAUAUAUAACUUAUUUUUUAUUUUAUGUAUUUGUCUCGUUAUAAUUAUAAACAAUACUUUACUUUAUUAUAUUACGUAUGUACGUUUGAAUAGAUUCGAUUCGAAAAAUUCAAUACGAAAACACAUUCUAAUGAAAGAAAUUUCCUUUUAUUUAAUUUUGUCUUAUUUUCAACAUUUUCGAAACAGACAAUUACACCUUCAAUAUGUAUGAUUUCUGAGUAAGUUUUCUGAAAAUUACGUAAAAUGAUAUUUUUAUUCGUGUAUUAUUGUGUGUUGAAAAGGGUUUGAAUUUGUACUCACGCUUGUUUAUUAGAGAGUACCUAAUUGCCUUUCCGCAAUCGGGUAAAACAGAGUAUAUCAAUUUUAUACGAAAGCUUGACGAGGUUUACACAAGAUUCGCUUUAAAUAAUGCAUAGAAAAUUUUAUAAGAUGCUUAAUGUAGUGGUUUACAUCCAUGAUAUGAGUGAAUCAUAUUCAUUGUAAUUAUAGAUUUAGUAUAAUAUCUCUUAAAUUCAUUACACGAAAUUGAUUUUAUAAUAAAAUAACAAUAGCUUCACAUGUAAAGUAUCCUUUUGUAAGAUAAAUGACAGUCAAAUGUAUUCAAGUUGGAAUAUUAUUGCAUUUUUCAAUUACAAAUAGUUUAUUUUUAGUAAAGUCUUAUUACGAAAAUUUGAAAAAAAUACGUAAUAAUACAUAUAAAUAUUAUCUUAAACUGAUCGAUUUUUCAAUAAACUAAUAACGAACAUCAUUAUACUUAAAUAACUAUUUAUCUUAUUUAUUACAUUAAAACCAAUAGUAUAUUGUAUAAAAGAGAUGAGAACCAAUUCUUAAAUACUUCCAAAACCGGUAAUGUAUUUAUUAUGUUGUUCAUAUCAACAUUAUUACGAACUUCAUUUCUAUUUAAGUAUUUGCGAAAGCAGGUUGCACAGUUUUAUACUCGACAAAUGCGUGAAAAAUCUUAUUUGUACAAAUGAUAGUCUCCAGAUACCCUAGAUGCUUCCUACAACGUUUAAGAUUAAAUGAAGUGAAAUAUGAAAGUUCAUAACUGGUCAUAAAGUUUAAUAUACACAAGACCUCUGGUCAAACAAAAUGAAUAAAAAUUAAGAUAUUAAUUUUUUAAGUGCAUCAAAAAUCAGCUCGAUUUAAUAAUAUAUGUGACAACACCGAAACCCUAAUAUUGAUAUAAUAGCAACACGCAUAUAAGAGUACUUUAUUAACUUGAACUACACGACUAAUUAUCACGAAGACUUUAUAACGACUGACUCACUUGACGACAAACAACAAAUUAAAACUGCUUGGCAACUUUCUCAUCUUUAUUUCUUAACCGUUUUUUGCAGUCGUGGCGUAAAAAAUGUAAAAGACAUUUCAACUUUUUUUUGACGAAUUUCUAAAAUAUAUGAGACUCAUAAGUCGUGGCCAAUAAAUGACGCGAAA